CCGCGCCUCGGGGGCGCGCGCGGCCGCCGGUUCCGCCUCCUCCGCCACCUCCCCCCGGCCGCCGCCAUGUUGGAUGGUGCGUGUGGGUGUCAAACCCAGCGAGAGGCGGCGGCGGCGGCGGCCGGGCACCGGGACACCCCCUCCGCGCCUCCCGCGGCCCCUUCCCCGCUCCUCCCGCACGCAGCGCCAGGUUAUGCUUUUCGUUUUCUCAUGUCAUUCUCUUGAAGAGAGGAAAUGAUUGUAGUGGAACGUGUUACAAAUAAGCCACUGAUACGGAGCCUUUGCAAUUCAGAAACGUUCAUAGAAGAGCAAAUAUAGCCCUUUUUUGUUUGUGUUCUGGAAUCUGUCUUGUUAAAAAGGGAAAUAAAAAUGACGACUUCGUCUAUUAGACGGCAGAUGAAGAACAUUGUGAACAAUUAUUCAGAGGCCGAAAUAAAAGUUCGGGAAGCGACCUCUAAUGACCCCUGGGGUCCCUCCAGUUCAUUAAUGACUGAAAUAGCAGAUCUGACUUACAAUGUUGUGGCCUUUUCUGAAAUUAUGAGCAUGAUCUGGAAACGACUGAAUGACCACGGCAAGAACUGGCGACAUGUAUACAAGGCCCUUACUCUGUUAGAUUACCUGAUUAAAACUGGUUCUGAGAGAGUGGCGCAGCAGUGUAAAGAGAAUAUUUUUGCUAUCCAGACGUUGAAAGAUUUUCAGUAUAUUGAUCGAGAUGGUAAGGACCAGGGCAUCAAUGUGAGGGAGAAGUCCAAGCAGCUAGUAUCUCUUCUGAAGGAUGAUGAGCGACUCAAGACAGAGAGGGCCCAAGCCCUGAAGACCAAAGAACGCAUGGCUCAGGUGGCCACUGGAGUGGGUAGCAAUCAGAUCACCUUCGGCCGAGGCUCCAGUCAGCCAAACCUAUCCACCAGCUACUCAGAGCAAGAAUAUGGAAAGUCUGGAGGAUCCCCAGCAUCUUACCAUGGCUCUACAUCCCCUCGAGUUUCCUCGGAGCUCGAGCAGGCCCGGCCUCAGACAAGUGGUGAAGAGGAGCUCCAACUGCAGCUGGCGCUGGCGAUGAGCCGGGAAGUGGCGGAGCAGGAGGAGCGCCUCAGACGCGGAGAUGAUCUGAGAUUACAGAUGGCUCUGGAGGAGAGUCGCAGAGACACAAUUAAAAUUCCCAAAAAGAAGGAGCAUACCACUUUGUUGGACCUAAUGGAUGCCCUGCCCUCCUCGGCACCGGCCCCACAGAAAACGGAGCCUUGGGGACCUCCUGCUGUUGCAAACCAAACUGAUCCCUGGGGAGGAUCCACAGUUGCAGCUACUGCCUCUGACCCGUGGCAAUCAUUUGGUGCCAAACCAGCUGCUUCUGUUGACCCUUGGGCAGCACCAGCAGGAUCCACAGCUCAGUCUCUGCCCAAAAAUGUUGACCCUUGGGCUCCUGCUCAGCCAUCCUCUACUGCAGCAAAAUCUUCUGUGGAUCCUUGGGGACCAGCACCUGCAAACAAACCUCUCUCUACUUCUGGAAGUACAUCUUUUGACCUCUUCAGUAAUUUGAAUGGUACAGUUAAAGAUGAUUUUUCUGAAUUUGACACACUUCGAACUUCCAAAAAGCCAGCUGAAUCAGGUUCCACUUUGCCGUCUCAGCAUAGCGGUACCACAAGUCCUGAUCUCUUUGAUUCCCAGCACUCAAGCGGGACAUCAGGCAAACAAAGUGCAGCUCGGAAAACCCCCGAGUCUUUUUUGGGCCCCAAUGCUGCUUUGGUGAACCUGGAUUCACUGGUGUCUAAGCCGCCACAACCUGUUACUUCACUGAAUCCAUUCUUGGCACCAGGUGCCGCUACAGCACCGACUCCAAUCAACCCCUUCCAAGUGAAUCAGCCUCAGCCCCUCACUCUAAAUCAGAUGAGAGCGAGUCCUGUGAUGGGAACCAGCCCUUCUUUCAGUGCUGUGCCACCGAUAAGCAUGGAGCCAAUACCUCUGUCUUCCAUGGCCCCAGUGCCUGUGGGAAUGGCACCGAUACCAGCUAUGGGCACUGUGGCGUCUAUAACAAGGAUGGGCCAGGGGCUGAACGUGAGCAUUGCAGGAUCAAUGACCCAACCUCUUCACAGUACAGGAAUCCCGCCGUCAGCAUCCCAGUCUACAAAUACAACUAACCCUUUUCUCCUAUAAAGACCCAAUUAAAGGAACUUUCUUUUCAUAGUGUUUCCAGGCUGAAGUCUUUACAGCGAAAUGAACGUGGCCUGUGUGGACUGAACGGUGUGUAAGAGACUUGGAAGUAGAUUUGCAGUUUACAGUUAUGAUCUUUGAAGAGUUGUCUCUACUUACCAGUUAAUCUAAAUCUAGUCUUUGCUACAGAUGGUACCUUACUUUGGCUUGUUGAGCAUUAUGUGAAAUGUUCAGACUUUUCACCAAAGUUAGAUUCUGCCCAUUUUGUUACUUUGUUAAUCAUUUCAAUACACUUUCUAGGGAGAACCUGCCAUUUUAAACCCCGUUGGCUAUUUUGUAGAUGUCAGAUGAUGUGCUGGAUCCUGAAAUUACUAUUUACCUGCAUCUGUCACUUCCUAUGCCCAUAUGAUAGACCUGAGAUUCAGAGUGCUAGUGAAUGUUUUGCACAUAACUAUACACAGUUCUAGACUGUUGGUUCACCCAUAGUCCUUACUCUUAGAAGAGAACGAUUCGGAGGGCCCAGGUGGCUGGUUUUUAUGCAUUAAACAUUGCAACGCAAAAUCGCACUGCUUUCCUAUCAGAGGUUUGACUGAGAAAGCAAGCUUGUCUCAAAAGAAAAAAAAAAAAACAACAACAAAACACAAAAACCACAGACAAAAAAAACCCCAAGAACAUUCUCAAGUUGUCGAGUAUAACGUGUGCUGUCGUAUGCAGUGUUGAAUUUGUACACUACUCUAAGGACUCCUGAGGAACUCUCUGUGAGUGGCAUGCUGCACUCGUGCUGAGUGAGUGUCCUGCUCUGUGCUUGUCCAGUACCAGCUUCGUUUGGAAGUUAUCAUGUGUAUUUUGUUUUUAUUUGACUUACAAUGUGAGUUGAAAGAAAAAGAAAAAAAAAAAAAAGAGAAAUACAGCGGGACAACUUUGAAUUCAAUUUCACCGGGGCAAGCUUUAAAACUAAUUCAGGCUUAACCUUGCUAUAUGCAGUUACUCUUGUAUACUUUUGCACAUAUUUUGUUUAGUACAGUUUCAUAUUUGAGUUUGCAGAGUUACCUAAUAGUCCUUUUUUUGCUAAUUUUUAUAAUGUGGUUCUUAUUUAACUGUCUGGUUUUGAUAGAUUUAUCAAGUCUGGCUGAAAAAUUAAGAUAUUGGCAAAUGUCAUUUCUAUGGUUUUAAUGCCCUCUUAUUUAUGGUUUUAGCUCUUUGUUUCUGUAAAGAGAGUUUAAAAGGGAAGAUUAACACUAAAAUAUUUACUUUUAAAUGAAGUAUUCAUAAUGCAAAUCAGAACAAAUUCUCGUGACUAAUUAUUUUUAGAUGAAUUGAAUUUGAGCAUAACAUGAUUUAAGACUACAUUAAAAAGAAAAAACACUAAAGUCGCCUUUCCCUUGAUUUGUUCCCGUUUUCCGAUUACCAAAAUGGACAGACGUUUAGCCUUUAUGAAGAUCGGAAGAGAGGCCGUUUUUUCUUGUAAUACUACUUGAGAUGUUAAAAAUUGUUAUGUACAAACAUGACUCAUUAGUUUUAUCGACUAAUUUUUCUUAAUGAAAGGUGCACUCCAUAUUAAUAACUGGUUCCAUUUACAACUAUUAAUUGUAAGCUGAACUAUACAUUUUAACCUGCAUGUCUGGACUCCACGGCACUAAACCACGCUCAGGUUUCAGCCGGUGUUUCUGGUGGAAACCUGGCGCCUUCUCAAAGACGGCGACGUUUCCGAGCUCCGCUUUCAUGAGCAACGCGAACGUCGGCGGAGCACGUGGAAAGGGAUGUCCCAGUGCUUGCUACUGCCUUGAGGGCAUCUCCGUGAAUGAACUGAUGCAUCUUGGUGGCCUUUUCCCUAAUUAGGAGGGGAAAAAAAAAAAAAAACACAAAACAACAAAACACAAAACAAAGAAGCUGAAAGAAAUUGCCAGAGUUGUGUGUUGUGGUGUAACGAUGCUGUGUGGGACUUGUGCCAGUCUAGGGUCGUGUGCCGCAGGAGAGAGAGGGGCUGGCUAACUUGGAAGGGACCGGGUUAUAUCUUUUGGUGAGUAGGGGAGGCUGAAAGACUAUCAAAUCUAGGGUACAAUCACGGAUUUUAGCUGUGUAGGUCAGUGUAGCUCUAUUAGUAUACGGAAUGCUAAAUGUGUGGAUGUUUCUAUGCAGAUUGUUCUAUCCUCUUGAAUACUGUUGAAUUUGCAAGUAGGAUUCGGAAUAUUCAUCUGCUCUUGUUUUUAUAUGGGAGGAAAGAGAAUUACUGUCCGCACCCAGUAUGUCUUUAAAAGAAAAGAAAACAAAAAACCAUUCAUGUUGCCUUUCAGAGUAAGGAAAAAUACUUUACUUUUUGUUGUUGUUGAAGUUAUUGAAAAGUGUAGACCAGGAAGGGUGUGAUUCUUGCAGAUGGGGGGUGGGUGGGGGAGGGAAGUGCUUUCCAAUUGAUCUGUGGCAAGAUUUAUCCGUCAUUCUUUUUCCAAUUUAAUUUUACAAACAGUGGAAUUGCGGUCACUUGAUGUUUUUCCCUUAGUCUGUCACCUGAAUGCAUUUACAACAGUUAGAUGGGGCACUGUCUAUUCAGCCAAAAAGUUCUCACCGCAUCCUCUCGUUAAACACUAGGUAACUGUUUUUGGAGACAAGAUGGGGUUGAUAGUAAGUAUUUAAAAUGAUGAAGUCAUCUACAGUUCAGAGUCGUGAUCUGUCACCAUGAAUUGAUAAAAAUGUGCUGUUGGUCUGGUAGGGAGCCCUAGCUUAAUGAAACUGCUGAAUGGCAAAUUAUUGCUUUUACCAAGCCACUUCUGUAAGAGCUGUAUUACUUUUACAUUAUAUAUAUAUAUAUAUAUAUAUAGACAUAUAUCGCACAAUAAACCAGGACAAGGCAUGCUGAAGAGCGCUCAGCCCAGACUGGGGUGCUGUAAAGCAUUAGGCUAAGGAUGAACCAUGCUGAGAUUCCCAGGCUGACCUGGGGGUUGUGGCAGGAGCCAAAUUCAAGAGGAAAAGCAGCUGGUUCGGUUAAUCUGCUCGGUUCCUGGGCUGGGGACGUGUCCGUCCCGCCGGUGCCCUGCGGGUGUGGGGUGCUGUAGCUAGUGACGCUCACCAGUGGUUGCCGUCCUAGCCAGGUGAAGCUUCAGUUUUGCCCAGAAUGGUAGUAAAUCUCCUUUUUUGCGAUAAUUUAACUGCUCUCCAGAAUAAUUCUUCCUCCCUCCUUGCCCUCCCGCUUCUUUUUGCACGGAGGACGUGUGCAUAUCCGAUCUCAUCUGCUCUGGCUUCCAAACGCAUUUCCCUCUUCCCCUUCUUCUCUCACUUGCAAAUACUAAAAGUGCUUUUUGAUUUUUAAAAUGUUAGUAUCCCAAAAUAGCCUUACUGGUCAAAUUGACCAAAGAUAAAGUGUUAAAUAUUUUGUAAAAAAAAAAAUAAAAAAAAAAUCUUGGCGUAAUUUUAAACCCAAAAUAAGCUCAGUUAUUUAUUCAGUUUUAUACUAUAUAGAAACUAAACUACAUUGAGGGGACAGGGAAGGAAAACCGUGGUGGGUUGUGGUGUUUACAGUCUUUUUGAAGUCCCGUAGCUAAGACAACUAUUGUUAUCCAUCUUCCCUUUUGCUGUUACAGUUUCUAAUGUGUACUGUAUGUAUUAAUAUUGCACAAAUGGUGGAGAAAUAUAUGGUUUAUUUUUCACAGCAGAAUCUCACAAGACUCGCUUCCUUUACAAGUGUUACAAUUUAAAUAUUUACCAAACUGUUUUCAUAAUACUGGGAGCCGGCUGCUUUUUAUGAAUUUGUGCUGACUAUUGACAUUAUUUACUGUAUAAAUAAUUUAUCAUUUGUACUAUUGUAUCAUAAUGUCUGUAUCGUUGUGUCAUUUUUCCCGAGCGAUGUCACAAAUGUGAUAUUUAAUAAUGCCAUCAGAACAGUGGAAAGACAAGGGGUUUGUAGGUGACUGGUCAGAAUUAAAAUUGUAUUGCUUAUAUUCCAGCCGUGUUGCUUUUUCGAGACUCUGCAUAGCGUUUAUAACCCCAUUCAAAAAAAAAAACCUGUCGCUGCCAUGCUUGAUUUAGUUUUUCCAGAAAGUUGAUGGAUUGGUUGAGAUGAUUUAAGGUUUGUGCUAAAAGUCCUAGGUGCUAGGAGAAAUCUAACCGUUAUUGAGAGUAAUGCUUCUUGUACAUUGUCAAUGUGAUUUCUUCGAUGCAUUCAUCGCUUUCCUGGGGCAGGCCUGCUCUGGCUAUGAGAAAGGAGGGUUUCUUAUAGAUCACUUAAAUCAGAGUCAGUUGAGACCUUACUAACUCAAUAAAAAUGAAGACUUGUUGUGUUGCAGGUGA